CCGGGGAAGGCUGGGCGCUUGGCAGGAAGCACGGCCCCGCUCCGGGAGAGCGGGAUUAGCCUGGAAAAAGGGGCCGGGAGGACUUUCCCGGGGGUAAACGCGGUCGAAACGUGCCCGAAAACGUAACCCCCGAGGCGCUGUCUGAGCAUCCCCCCCCCCACUCCCCCCCGUCGCCCUGCCUUUAUUUUGCUUUUAUUAGCGCUGCCGGGAGAGUGGGUGGUGUCGGAGGAGUCGGGUCUGGAUUCGUGGGGCCUAAUUCAAAACAGGCUCCUGGGGGGGGGGGGGGAAGAGAGCAGAGCUGGGGGCCUCCACGAUGCCGGGGUCCCGCCGGGGCGCGGAGGGAACCGCUGGUGGAGAGCUUGCUUCUCCCUCCCGUCUCCACCCCGUGCCGCUUUCCAGGACCUCCUCCGCGGCGCUUGCUCCUGGGUGUAAAACUGCUGCCGGCUUAGGAAAAGGGCUCGGUUGCUGGCGUGCUGACCUUGUUCCCGUUUUCCUGCUGAUUUUUGUUGCGCGGAAACGUCGCCAGCAGUGAUCUUCAUCCUUGUUUUUCAGCUCAGCGGAAAAUGUUCCGUCAAACUUGGACUCUUCUCUAGGAACAAGGCCGUCAGCCAGGGUCCGGCGGUGUUUAUUAGCUGUCUCAUCCAGCUCAAUGUCACAGUGGUUUCAGUGUUUUGCCUGCGAGAAAAUCAGCUCUCGGAUGUGCGCAAGAGCAUCACAGCCUGAGAGCCCCCACGGCCUCUUUGGGCAUCCCCGGAGAUCCCAAGCCACCUCUGCUGUGCUCAGCCAUCUCCAAGGCUUGGGGUUGGCGGUGUCACAGCACGCAACAUCAGUUUACCACUUCGCGCUUGUGCCAUGUAGCCCUGUUAUUUCUAACCAGUGUCUUCUACUUCCCUGUUGAUCAAGACGGCUUUUACCCAAGGCUGUGGUCUGCACUGACGGUGGUGGGAUGGCUUUUUUGGCCGUCUAUGUUGACGAUGGUGAGAUGGCUUUUGUGGCCAGCUAUGUUGACGGUGGUGGAAUGGCUUUUUCGUCCAUCUAUGUUGACGAUGGUGGGAUGGCCUUUCCAGCCAGCUACGCUGACAAUAGUGGGAUGGCUUUUUUGGCUGUCUAUGUUGGCCGUGGUGGGAUGGCUUUCUUGGCCACCUAUGCUGAUGGUGGUGGCAUGGCUUUUUUACUAGCCUUUCAGAUCCUUUGCCCUCGUGCUUGCUGGGUAGACCUCUGGUUGGUUCUCCUCCUGCCUGGUGGUGCUGGUGCCUGGUGGAGGGCUCCUGGGCGAGAUGUCCUCCGCUCUCCGAGGGGGGACGUAUCUGGGUCGCUGUCGUGUGUCUCUAGGCAACGUUCCUUUGCUGGUCCAGUGCCGAGCUUGUCCUUCUCCAGCGUCCUGAGGCCCGUGCACCUGCUGGGCACGAUGCUUUUUUGUCAGCUUGGUGUGCAAGCACGUGGCUCCUGGAGCUGGGUCUUCAUGGAGAGCAAAAGUUAAGGCUUUGCAGCACCGGAUCCUGCGGGAUGAGGGGAGAGUAAAUGCCGGAGAGGAGUCUUGGUUCCUGGCUCUGGGUGUUUCCUGCGGUGACUUGCAAUCGCCCUCUGCUCGCUGGCUGCUGCCUCGGACGGAAGCAACGGCGGCAAGCGGCCUCCGGCGCCUCUGCAGCGGGGAGCUUCUCGUGCGCAGGCGUUCGCCUUGCAAAAUCAGCCCAGGUCUCCAAAGUCCUCUGUGCUGCAGCUCCUCUUGCCGUCCCCUUGCUCCUUCCCUCCCCGGAGGGGCUGGGACGGGCGUCUAGUGAGCUGCGGGUGGGUGAUAAGGGGAGAAGGGUGGCUCGGGGCGAGGACUUCUCGGAGCGUCGCACGUCCUCCUGCAGCCUCGGCAUCUCCCCCUGCUCCCGGCCGCCAUGGGAGCUGCUCGGGGUUUGGGGACCUGCUCGGGGUUUGGGGACCUGCUCCCUUUUCCCCCCGGCACGGCGGGGUAGAGGCUGGCAAGCUGUUUUGGGCCGAUUCAGCCUGGUCUUUGCAUCUUCUCUCCCUCCCCUGCGGCGUCUGCGCCGGGGACGGCAACGUGCAAAAGGAGGCAAUCGGGGCAGCUUGCUGCUGGCUUCCAGGAUUGGUGCCUUUUUCCGUCCUUUUCCCUUUUUCGCGUGUGUGACUCAUGCCUGGGAGUGGGUCGCAGCGUUUGCUGCCACGAUGAAUGAACAAUCGAUGCGUGAGCUAUUGCCAAAGCGCUUUUUCAGCUGGUAUUUUAAGCCGCGCGGAGCCCUUGGAGCUGGUUUCCCUUCCCGAGCGAAGGCGCCGCGUCUCCGCCGCCGUGUUUAUCCCUGGGCGUCAGGUUCUCCAUGCAAACCCUGCCGUAACGCCCUGCCCAGCUGGAAGUGGGAAAGGAUUUGUGGCAAAACCCUGCUUUUUUCUGCCCCAGGAGCAGGAGCACCAGCACCGGGGGAACGUGCGGUGCAGCUCCUCGGAGCCGGCCGCGCUUUGCAAUCCCGCAGACUUGGCCCUGGGGUUUUGGAGAGUGGCCGCAAACAGGCCGGUUCCCAAUGCCGGGUUUGCGGCUCUCUCCAUGCCGUCCCCUUCGGAGGAUGCAAACAUUUUGGAGGGCCGGAGCAGAAGCAAAUACAGCUGAAGACAUCAGGUCUCCUGCUAGUGUCUCCUCCGUUCAUAAAUGUUUUAUGCUCCAUCUUGCAGCUGCUUAAAUCUUCCCUCUCCUCCCCUUCCUCCCUGCCCUCCCUCCUCUAGGGAGCCUCUGAUUUUCAGCCUAAAUCGAUUCACAGCAAAGUCGCCCACACGCGGGGCUGGGGGACACGUGCCAGGAGCACACGUGCUUCAUCUCUGUCGUCCCCCGUAGCGAGCGCUCGCUCGAGCGGGUUGGUCACGCCGAAGCUGGCGUUCGCUCGACGAACGGGGCAGAGUCCCCCCGUUUGCAGCGCGUCGAAUUUUCUCAUGAGCUGCGGGGGUUUGGGGUUUCUCGAGUUUGUUUCCAAGCAAAUCCUGGAGGAAGGUUUGGAGAGAUGAAGCUCUUUCCAUCUGACGCUCCCGAGCCCUCUCUUCCCCAUCCAUAGGGGAGUCAGCCUGUAUUUAUUUUCCAUCUGUGCUUUUAGCAGCUCACAGGGUUCACCUUGCAAAAUAGGGCAUCCAAAACCAACACGAAACGAACCUACGCUGCAGAAAAGCUUCCCGGCGCCGGUGGGGGAAGCUGCGGGUAGAAACGCGAAGCCAGACGAGAAGCACAGAACUCCCCGGGGCCGGGUUGUUUUCCGCCCCGCGCUUCUCCACGAGGUGAACUUCCUUCUCGUCCUCGGCGCUGGGCUUCCGCGGGGCUGGCCGUGUCCCGUCGCGGGGGCACGUGCCCCUUCCCCUGCACGCGUUCCCCCUUUUAUUGUCCCCUUUUUUGGGUUGCCCUUGCUGCGCUCGCCGGGCAGCUCCUGGAGCUCUGGGCCGCCCUGGUGUCUCUGUUGCUCUCUGGGCCUCGGUAGCCUCUAAUUAAAGGCUCGCGGCUCCUUUCGCGAGCAGGGCUGACCUUGUUGCAGGGAUGAUUCAGCAGCAAAGGACAGGCUGGUGCGGGAGGAGAAGAGGCAUCGGCUCUGCGUCGGGCUCUGACUCGCUCGGGAGCUGCAGCUCGGGCAGCUGAGCGUCGCGGGGCAGGAGCCCAGCUCGGUCCGAGGCGAAUCUCGGCCUCCGGUCGGCAUCGAACGACUCUGGGAGGCUAUUGAGAAGCGUCCGACCGCAGGGCUCUGCAAACUCUCCGCUUGUGCAUCCUUCCCCGUGCGUGUCUGCGAACGCCAUGAGCUGUUAAGUGACUUACCUGCCCCAAGAACCCCUCCUGAACCAGUAAAGCACUGGGGCCAGUCCGGGGGCGAGGCUGGAGAACCUCUGCUGAAGGUGUCCAGAGCGUGUCAGACGGGUCCAUCAGAGCGAGGUGGCACAAGCUACACUCCAAGGCUGGCAAGAAGGAGAAGGAGCGUGGCGAGAUCGAAGUGAGCAUCCAGUUCACGCGCAACAACCUCACGGCCAGCAUGUUCGACCUGUCCAUGAAGGACAAGCCGCGGUCGCCCUUCGGCAAGCUGAAGGACAAGGUGAAGGGCAGGAAGAAGUACGACCUGGAGUCGGCCUCUGCCAUCAUCCCCAGCAGCAUGGGCGCCCUCGACAUGGAGGAUGACUAUGACAUUGGGGGCAAGAAGUCCAAAGUCAAGGGCUUCUUCCUGAGGAACAAGCUUCGCAAGUCUUCCUUGACCCAGUCCAACACCUCCCUGGGAUCCGACAGCACCAUCUCUUCUGCGAGCCUGGGCAUGGCCGUAAACGCUCCCGAGGUAACCAAAUCCCCGAGCAGACACAGCAGUCUGUCCACGGAGCGCUCCGUUAAAGACUACUUGCCAUCUCCAAAAUUGACCCACAAGAGAGCGUUCAGCGACGACGUCUCCCAGGUCAGCGCGGCACCGGAGCCGAAAGCGAUCCAAAGCCUGAAGCCAAAGAACGAUCCCGUGUCCCGGUCCUCUCUCUGCAUCAACGGGAGCCACGUUUACAGCGACGAGCCUGCCCCAAAGAGCCCCGUGUCUGCCCCGCAGAGCUCCGCGCCGCUGUCCGUGCCCAGCGUCCCCAGAAGGCCAGAGGAGAGCUUCGGCUUCAUUCCCCUCCAUCCCGACUCCCACGAGGUGCCUUGGGGCAUCAGCAGCUUUGAGAGGAUGCAGCAGAGAGACGAGCCCAGGUUCAUCCCGUCUCCUCCCAGCUUAGCCUUGCAAGAGGAGCUCAAGGUCUCCACUAAAGCCGUAACCCUCAGUAACCAUCUGGGCAGAGCCAAGAUGGAAGAAAACAGUCGCUUAGAGACCAAACCUACCCAGGUUGCAACACCCCUGGUCUUCUCCACGGAGGUGACAAAAGAAAAACAUCCUGAGGAAAUGAGGAAGGAAGACAAGAAAGCUAAGGGCAGUCUCUUCCACCACGGAGGCAAGAGCGAUGCGGGGAGCAAAGGCCAGGGAGAGAAAGGGGGACCCUCCCAAGGCUCAUCCGUCCAAGCGAUGGCAGGUGGAGACGAAAAAAACAAGGCCAGCGGCUGGUUUGGUUCAAAGGAGCCCAAAGAGUCUCCUCAGAAACCCAGCCUGGAAGUGUCUCCUCAGGUAGAAACCAGCUCAGAUGCUCCUUCUCAUAUUUCUCCUUGCUCCCCUGCCCAGUUUCCUCCUGCCGCUGUAGCCCAUCUCGCUAGCAUGCUUAGCACUAACCUGUCUUCCGCUACUGGAGAAAGUCAGUCUGGAUGCUUGUCCCCUACCAAUCCAUUCCUCAACUCCCUGCAGAGCAAUCCUUUCUUUGAGGACCUCCUUGCUGACCAGGUACUAAAUUCUCCUUCACCUACUCGCUUUUUCUCUAGUUUCCCGUCUGGGCCGCAUGCUUCAACAGAGGUCGCUGGGAGCUUUUAUUCCUCUGAGGAUUGCAGUCCCUCUGCCUCCCUAAGAGUUAAAGAUCCAGAGAGGGAGUCUCCAGCCAAAAGCAUUUCUGUGCCCGUUCCAGAAACUACUCCCCCAGCACAAGGAGACCUUGCUCCUCCCGAUGAGAAACCUGCUGUUCCUCCUCCCCUCUCGGAGUGGGACGAUACUUUUGAUGCCUUUGCUACCAGCAGGCUCAAACCAGAGCUGAAGAAAGAAAACUUAUUUGCUUCUGUAGCGGUGGAGGGCAUGGCUUUCAUUGACGAUCCAGAUGCAGCUAGUCCGACAGAAAGGUCAACCGACCUGGCUCAUGAGAAUGGGACAAAGGUAUUUGAAAAGGCCGAUUCCCAAAUUAUCAGUGAAAUGCCUCCAAGUCUACGGUCCUGGACAAAUUUCUCCAGUUUAGAUGUGGGGGCGAACCUGGUGAGCACAACCCAGGAAGCGACUGUGAUAGAAGAUGUGCUGAGCCCUGUGUCUGCAGGGUCGAUGGGAAGGAGGAAAAGCAGCACACCUACGGUUUGGACAGCCGCUUUUGCAUCAGGAAAUGCAGGGGAGAAGGAAGCUUCCGCACAGCUAACUGCUGAAAAUAUUGCCAGGGAGGAACAGGAUAGUAAUGAGGAAGAACUCGCUAGUGCAGGGGAAAAUGGAUGGAUGACCAUAGCUACUGAAACGGCUUCUCAUCUGUCAGAAAGUGCCCAAAAUGCAUUUGAGAGGGAGCACGGAGAUCAGGAGAGCGUGUUUGGACAACGGCCCUUCCUUAAUGAAGGCAUCUUUGAAGAGAAGAGCAGCUCUCACGCUGCCGCGUGCAUGCUUCCCAGAAGCAACUUCACCCCCCAGAAUCCCUCUGAAACGCCGCCCGGGAGCAACGUGGCUGCCGUGCCCCCGCGGGUGCUCAGAGAUGGGGCAGCGAAACAGUUCCCCACGGCACCCAAGCCGGAGAAGGCACCCCAGGGCGCUGGUAGCGAGGAGGAAAUGUUCGACAUACGGACGUCAGUCUACCGGCUCCAGGCGAGCAUGCGGCUAGAGGCUAGAGAAAGUCGUGCGAAAGUCGCCCCAGACGUUCGCGAGGGGCACACGCGCCCCUCUCCGUGGACCGGUGUCCGAGAGAGGGAGGAGAUGGCAGCGGGCUCGGAUGCGCUGGUGGCCGCGCCGCCCCCCAAACCUCCGCGGUGGUUCGCAGCCGUGGGCGGCAGAGGGGAAGGUGAGGACGACGGUCCCGACCCGCAGCCGGGGCCGCGAGGCGGCGAGGACCAGCAGGAAAACGCGGAGGGCCCGAAGGUGGAAACAGUGCUGCCGAGGGCCCGGCUGAGCUGCGAGCCCUCCGUCCCAGCAGCUCCCAGCCUGCCGGUGCUCAGCACCACGGGAACCGAAGCCGGGAGCAAUCCGGUCGCCGAGGAUGCUGACUCUGCCGCUGAGGACUUGGCUAAUUCGGAGGCGAGAGCACCCGAGCUGGCAAAACGGGACAGCUCUUCGGGGGAAAAGCUGUUUGAGAGAAGUGAGACGGAUGUGGCUGAGCAGUUUGGGACUUGCCCGUUGAAAUCCUCCCUUGAUGGAUUAGGUCCGUCAGGUGCGGAUGGGAGCUCCAGCCAGCCAAGCUUAUCUGCUGUAACUGAGGCCGCCCGGCCACAGCCGCUCGCCUCGAUGCACUCGUCUGGGCUGGCAGACGGUGCCGAGUGGCUGACAGCCCCGGAGCAGGAGCUGCUCCCCGGGAAGCCCGUUCCCUCAGGACUAACCCCAUCUUCCAAACUAGACUCCAGCCAACCGGAGAUCUUCUGGACGGCUCUGGAAGAGCCGGAGCCGGCGGGUCACCCUCCGGGUCCCAGCCAGGCCGCUCGACCUGAAAGUGGGGUCCCUGCCGUGACCAGCCACGCAGCAGCUCAGCCCUGCCCUUUGCUGCAGUCCGGUGACACACAAGCGUCAGCGCUCGUGGUUUUGCCCAGGGAGACACAGCCAGCUAAGAAGCCCUUUUUCCAGCAGACGACCAGUCCUCACCCGGUGAAACCCAUAAGCGCUGCAGUGCAAGAGGUCUCCAGUGAGAAGAAGCAGCACAGGUCCAGCCUGACAACUGCCCUGAGCAGUGGCCUGGAGAAGCUGAAAACAGUCACCACGAGCAGCGUCCAGCCCAUGGCACCGUUGUCUCAUCCGGAAAAAACAGACUCUAAGAAGUUAAAGGAUCCCACCUUACCAGACCAGUCAGCCAAGUAUUAUCACUUGACCCAUGAUGAACUCAUCCAGCUCCUGCUGCAGAGGGAAAAGGAACUUAGCAAGAAGGAGGAGCACAUCCAUGAACUGGAGAAUUACAUCGACCAGCUGCUGGUGCGCAUCAUGGAACAGUCUCCCGCACUUCUCCAGAUCCCGCUGGGGGAAGGAAAGAUCAAGUAACCUCUCUGCAGAGACCAGCAUCACUUGCCUAGAGCACUUCUCCAAUAAACAUGCUACAAACAUCCCUGCACUCCCCCCUCCUCUUACAAGAGGGCUCCAGUGGCUUAAGUUUGCAGAGUUUAGCAGGAAAGGUUAUCUGCCUCUCCCCAGCCCAAGCUUAUCCCAGCUCUGGCUCCAGGGAACUGUAGGGUGGUGGGCUGUCCUCCACCCUAUGGGGAGGAGCAGAGUCCUCCCCAGGAGGCCGAUGCCUCCUUUGGCUCCUGUCAUUGUGACCGAGCGGCAUCUUCUCAGGCACUCAUCCUGCCAGCGCUUUAAGUGGUCCAUGGAUAUUCAAGAGCCAGAAACUGGCCACCUAGCCCUUGUCUUCAUCCUGCUACUGCUGCUCUUCCUGCCCACUCUCCUCCACGUCUCUGUUCUCUGAGAGGGUGUAUCCUGGCUGACGGACAGGUUGAUAAACUGGUUGAUGCCGUAUCAAGGAUGCUUAAACUUGGUAAUGGUCUGACCGCAUGUUACUGUCCACUGAGGCUGCUGGGCAGGGCAGCUAGGGGAAGAGACUGCUGGAUGCCUUUUUCCCUUCCUGCCUCAUGUGUCAUACCCCAAAAUGAAGGGUCUCCAUCUGAAGAGCCAGCUCCUCUUUGUACCUGACCACGUGGGAGAUGCUACAGGAAGCGACAGCGCUAGAACUGGAGGCCAUAAAGAACUCAAGCCAGUGUCACUGCCUAAGUGUGAGCUGUGUUGGUACCUUCACUGCGUGCAUGCAGAUUUGUGAUGCUGCCUUAGUUACUCAGCUCAAAGCUAAAUUCAUAAUCUGGAGGAAGUGCCAGUGAUAGUUAGUUUGUGCAAGGUCAGUAUGGUAGGAGCUCUUCUCUAACACCACCCAACCCAUCACCAGGCUGGCUGGCACCAGUAUGCACUGGGGACUCCCGUAUAUAUAAACCACAGCUGAAUUUUCUACUCAGUAUUACACUCCCCCUUUCCUGUGUUCACAGGGAUUGCUUUUCACGGGCUGCCCCCUCCCCUCCGCCAUUGACUUUGUGUUGUCUUAAUACAACAGGAAAAUGCCAUAAGGACCAAAGCUAGUGGGAAAGGGUGUCUGACUGCCCAGCUAUCCAUCUCUCUAUGCAUGACAUCCUCUUUAGUCAGACAUCUGUCAAACACGUGCAGAUACGUUCUGUAGAAACUAGCAAUUCAGUAAUAGAUAUAGACCAUCUAAAAGCCAGUAUUAAUAACACGGCUGGAAUUACAUCAAAUCUACACACCCACAUCACGCCUCUGGCUUGGGCCCACCAUUAGAUGUUCUAGGCCAGCUCUGUCAGGAGUUGAAUGCUUCUUGCUACUAACUGUUGAGCAGCCAUAUCAAGCCCUCUGAUUUGCUUGGUUUAAUAACUGCAGGUGAUGAUAGUCUGAGGCUGAUGAGUGGUGCUCCUGGCCGCACAGGAGUACAGCAUAGCUUUGAUUUGGAGAUGCUGUUGAAGGGUAUGUAAAGGAAGUUGCUCCCUCUCUUGCUUUGUCAGCUUUUGGCUGGAAGGAUCAGUUGCUGUAGAACUUGAGCUGUCUUUACAUGUAAGGCAUCUUCUCUCUUCUGUAGAUCUUCAAAAGUUACUUGAUUUUAUUUAAACUUCUAUAUUCUUUUCUCAUUAUCUGUUUCAACAUAUACCGUGACUUUGAAAAAUUGUGCCUUUUGCAAUAGAAAAAGGGGAGUUUUCUACAAAAAAAGGCUUUAAAAAUCUAAUUCUUAGUUCAGUAUAAUCCAGCUUGACCAGCUUUCUUUUGUUUCUCUACUAAUUUGAGAGAAGUGUUUAUUUUUAGAAGCAGUUAGCAGAGCCUUCCCAUCUCUAAUUGCAGUUUGGUGAUUUUGGUCCUUUGCAGGAAUGCAAGUGACAUGGGAGAAACAUAUAUUAAACGAUGACAUGGGGGAAGAGCAUGGCAAAUAUUCCUAGAUAAAAUACAGCUGGAUAAAGACAGUAUUGGGUCAUGCUCAAAGUAUGAGAUUGGAGAGGGCUAUUGCAGUAAGGGGUAUCAGUUUAAAAAGAGAUUUGUCAUUACUAUCAUUGGCACCGUUUGGUCGUAUCCAGCCUGUGGACCAUUGUAUGAGAAGGAGGAUUUGUUACCCUGGAAGAUACUGGCCGUAAGCCUUGAGUUCCUAUCUGCCUUUGUCCCUAACAGGAAAGUAAACUGGGGUUUCAUGCUUCUGUCUUCAUCUUUAUGUCCUUCCUCCCUCUGUUUGUGUCUCAGGUGGGGGGGACUUACGUUCUGGUGUAAGGGCCUGAGGGAAUGUAUUUGCCCCUCUUUAUAUAAGUACCAAGAACUUCUUGUUGCCUGUACAAUCAAAGGAUCCCCUGGCCUGAGAACUGCGUUCCCUUUUUGGGUGUGUAUCUCUUGUGGAGAAUCCUUCUUUUUACCUAAAGCCAGGCAGGGAGGUGUUGUGGACAGCUGGAAAGCAGUACAGCAUUGGAAUAGCCACGUAUAGCAUGGGAAGGAAGGCUAGGAGAAGGGGUGGCCACGACAAAAGACAAAGAUGCUGAGCUGUACAGGCUUGUGUCAAAUGGACUUUAUUAAGGGGGAGGUGUAGAGCUGAAAUACCAUACGAGAGCCAGUUGUCCUCGCUGGCUCUCCAUUCUCUGCAGAACAGCUGCUUCCUUGGGCCUCUCCCUCAUGAAUGGUCAGCAGUGGGCUCCAGGCCAUCUUUUACGCUGCUCUUUCAACAUGCAAAGUAGAAAAAACGCUUUUGAGACCAAAUCAGGGUGCCAGCAGCACCCCAUUCCUCUCCCCUUGGACGCCUAUAGGGCCGGUUUGCCUCUGGCUGCUCUCGUGAGAUUUUUGUUGUGGUUGUCUCUCCUCCUGAGGAUGACUGUAUUGUAGGUGCUCCCCACACACAAGUGCCAAUGUUUUUAAGAGCUGGCUACACCUCCUCCCUGCCUCUCCCCUUCUCUCUCCCUCUUCUUCCAUUACAUUUAACUGCCUCUGUAAGCCCCUCUCUGCCUUAGUCAGGUCUCUGCCUUUUUUUCCAAAGCUUGAAUGUUUUGCACUUUAUAUAUUCAAGUUUAUCUCAGAGCUACAGAAGACUGUAUCAGGUGUAUGGCCUUUUCAGCAAUAUAAGUCUCCUUCCUGUGACCUGCUUUCCAUGCGUCACAGCAGAGCGGUGUGGUCCCUGGACUGCCUUGCACCACCGGCAUCUGCUCCAUGUCGGAUGUGGUUAGAAAGUCUGCAGAGCAAGCGGGGCCAAAAUGCUCAUGCCUCAACUUUGUAAUAGCAGAGCAUCUCCAAAGGACAGGGUGGGUCACCCAGCAGUCACGGUGGUGGGAGACAGGAUGGGUACCUUAGCUUCUCACAUUAGACAGGGGCUGUGGGGAAAGAAAAUGAGUGAUGAUGAUAGCCAAGGCUGCCCUGAUGUUUCAUGUCUGUCCUGGAGUGUGUAGACAUCCAAAGGUAUCUACGAAUGACAACUGUGUUUAGCAAAGGGCAUCUUUAAAGAUGCUGUUGGUGUUCUCUGUUUCUUCACCCUACUAUUCUGCAAUUUCUUUUUCUCCAAAUGGUUUUUAUUCUCUGCAUAAGCACAAGCAAGGCUUGACUAUACCACAGAAUAACACUGAAGGCAGAGUCUACCUGUGUAAUUUUUUGUUAAAACCUCUAAGUCACCAGAAAAGGCUGGUUUUGAGGACAUAGAUGUCCUCUCUUAGGGAACAAAAUAAAGAAUUGGGGAAAAUGUUCUAAAGUUUAAUGUUGCUCAUGUCCCAAAUUCACAUUUAGUGAUUUUAUUUGCAAAAACAGGGAGAUGAACAGUACUUUUUUCAACGUACAAGACAACACCUGGGAUGCCGUUGCUCUUUGCUGAGCCAAGCAGAUGAAAUGAUUUUAAUGAAGCUGCCUGUGCUGCUAGCAGCUUUUAAGUGGUGCCAUUUUAAGCAAGGCCAUUGCAAUAACUCUGUAUUUUUGUCUUGCAUCCUGAUCUGUCCUUCGCUUUCCACACUCAAACCGUUUCAUACGUUUUCCACAGGAUGCUGUUAGUCACAUCUGUGCUCUGCUUUCGUUGUCUGCCCACGAUUGUUUGUUUUUAUUAUUUUAAAGAACUUUGGUCAAGUGAUUUAUUUCUGUCUUUAUUGGCCCUUCUGACCCAGAGUUACAAAGAGGGACAGAAGAAAUGCCAAGUUAUAUCCUUAAACUGGAACAAACCUGAAGGGAUAUGGAUACUGAACAGUGUCUUGUAAACCCAGCCUUACGACUUGUCUGUGAAGAAACAGCAGUGUGUUUUGUGUUAUAAACGUGGGGUGGAAAAACAUCCCAAAGUUGGAGAGAAGUGGUGGGGUAUUUGGGGUUGCUGGUUUUCCUGUACUUCAUGUAUGCAGGAAGUGGGUUCUGUGUGUUUCAUGUUUUAAUAGUUGCAACUAAUGUUUAUAAAGAGCUUGUUAUUUACGUUUUAAGCACUUUAAAAAAAUAAAAGUUGUUCAAGCUGUUCCUA